AUGAGUUUGGCUGCUCAAGAUGAUGAGGUCGAAGAUGUAACACCGGAAGAUGAUGAGAUAGAAGAUUUAACACCGGAAGAUCAUGAGGUAGAAGAUGUAACACCGGAAGAUGGUGAUGCUGUGGAAGAAUAUGAGGCUGAUCAGGCUGAGAAGGCAAUGUCUGAAGAUGAUAAAGAAGGAGCAGCUUGUUUGAAAGGACAAGAACAGAAAGAUGAUGAAGAAGAAGUUGCCAAUAUGGUAGAAGAUGAAGUUCUCAAUGAGAAAGGGACCAAAGAAGAAGCUCUCAAUGUGGAAGAAGAUGGAGUUAGCAAUGGUCAUGUGGGAGAAGAAGUAGUGGAUAAUGAAGGAGUGGAGUCGGAGCGGGACUAG